AUGCCACUGACUGCGCCGCCAAAGUCUGUCGAUCCGAAGAACCAAGUGUUUGCCAUCAUUCGAAGUCGAGGAACUGCCGGUCCGCUUGAGGAGCUUGCUGCAAAGCGCAAAAACAUCCACAUUGUAGUGACCGAUAUCUCCGACCCGAGGAAGUUGGAUCAGGCUGCCGCUGAAGUCUCUAAAGUGACGGCCGGUUCGCUUGAUGUCUUGAUUCUCAACGCUGGCUCCGCAGGGCCAGAGACCAGCGCGCUACCGCCAAGUGCUUUUCAUGGCAAGGAGGAAGCGCUGGAGAAGGAGUUCAAUGAGAACAUCAAAACAAACCUGAUCAGCAACAUCUACGUCAUCAACUGCUUCCUCGGUCUCGUUCGUAACGGCAAAGAGAAGAAGAUCAUAUUCAUUACCAGUCAGUGUGGAGACGUUGAGUUCACUCGUGUCACUGGCCUUUCUACCCUGCUGGGAUAUUCUGUCAGCAAGGCUGGCAUGAACAUCGUCACCACCAAGUUCGGCGCUGAAUUGGCCCAAGAUGGCAUCAAGACACUGUCUAUGAGUCCAGGAUGGGUAAACACAGAUGCUGCUCAAGCCGUCACAGGCGACCCGGCUAUACGUAAAUUCAUGCUAAAUGCAUUUCGAAAGCUCGACCCAGGCGUCAAUGGACCGAUUUCGGUAGAUGAAUCAGUCACCGAUCAGCUUCAGGUGAUUCAGAGCUUGACGGAAGCGAACAGUGGGAAAUUUGUAACACAUCACGGAAAUCAUGACGAGUGGUUCUAG